AAUACCUGCCUGCUAUGUAUAGGUAGGGCUGCUAGGUAGUACAGUUCGCAACUCCAUCAACCUUUAUCUCGUAAUCGUCGAUCGACAUAGCCCACGAUACCUAGUAGUAUAUGCUCGAAAUACCCGACUAUACCCAUAUUCACCUAGUUCUCGGGAUACACGACCAGAGCCCCAAAUACCUGCAACUACAGCUUUACAGCUACACGACUACACCAAUACCUACAAAUCUACAAUUGCUGCCAAGUCACAGCCUCAGGCCACGCACGGAUGUAGUCGGCUUCUCUCUUUUCAGUCUCUAGGAAUUCAAGCUACCUGGUAGGUUACUUGGAGCUCGAGCCCGAGCUGUUUUCUGCCUCAACUAUUUUUCUUUACCCUUAUGCCAGAAACAGAUUCGGAUGCAGACCCAGACUCGGACAGAGACCCGAAUAAACCGGCGCCGCAGAGACCGAAGAGACCGCAAACACCGCAAACACCGCCUUGGAAUGCUAGGCUAGAACCUCACACUGGGUAUUCACACUAUGAUGCGGCUACUCCUAGAUCAUCACCUCCAGCCUCGCCAUCCAUGAGUCUCUUUUCUUUGGGCAUGUCCCCAUUCUCACCGAUGCGUCGCCAAUUUUCAUCGCCUCUUGUCAGAUCAUCGUCUCCUCUACAUCCACCGGACGUCGACCUGAUUAAAGAGGAGGGUAUUGUGCAGGAUAGCAAGGAUGUUCUCGUGCAAAGACUAAAUGACCUUGCUGCCCAGUUAAGCCAGCAAGAGGACCUUAGGGAGGACAACGUCAAUAGUCUCCACGCCAAAGUGGACGAAAUGGAGAAGUCUUUAUCCACAAGAAGCCUUCUGCCCCAACGGAGACCACCGAGAUCUAGGCCUGCUACUAGCACUGGUGGUGAACGGGACCCCUUUUGGGGGUCGCUGACACCGGGGCGAGUGAUUCCUAGGAUGUCGAACCUAUUGAUGCCUACACAAAAGUCUGCUUCGACCCAGACCACCAAAGAGAGCCCCACCGAAUCCGGGGCGGAGGCGGCUGGCAAGAAGCGGAUAUCGACAGCAGAGGUCGGCCGGAUUGCUGCGGAAGCACAGAAGUUGCAAAAAGAAUUAGAGGCCGUGACCUCGAGUCUACGAGCUCGACAAGAAGAGACGGAUCAUAUCCACGAGUUACUUAUUAUGCGUGCAGAACGCGCCGCCCAGAGAAUUAUACAUCUCGAAAAGCGGAUCAAGGAACUGGAAAUCGAACGGAACGAGGGCGAGAUGGAAAUGCUCAAUCUACAGAUCCAGCUCAAGGCGAUUGAAGUCCAAUGCCUAAGUUACGUGCCGAAGGAUGCCGAUGAAGAUUUACGGGAAAGCAUCUCAGCAUGGAAAACGGAAUGGUCGGCCUUGAAGCGAAAAAGAGCACGGAGGAAAGGUGGGAGCGAAGAUUCUGGAAGUCCUGGAACCCAGAUCAGACAGCAAAGGGAAUAUCUAAGCUGAACAGGUCCGGCAGGGUAGAAAUUGCCCUGCCUACUGGGUAUGCAUCGUUGUCCGUGGUGGUAUGUGAGUAUUUUUUUGGCGGUCUGUUCUACAUGUUUUGCCCGGAAAGGGAAACAACAAUGACGAUCAUACGCCUGCCUCGUCAGCUCGUUUACCGGCCAGGGCGUUUAUGUGCUACCAGAGCAACCAGUAACAUGCAGUAUCUCCCCUAUGACAAUAAAGAUGAGGCUUAUCGGUAGGCCUAUGAAUCUUCAUUAUCAUGAGGUAGGACGUAGUUGCUAAUACGGCCACAACUUGGUAGAGAUAGGACUAGUUGGAACUUGGGUGAGAUAGAGUGAUCUCUCAUCUGCAUAAUACAUAGAUAACAUCUAAUCACCUACCACACUUGAGGUCUAAAUGCUACUCAUGCCACCUCCCUUUCCCCUCUUCAGCAGUUGAGGGAAAGGGGCUGGCUCAAGUUGCGUCAUUCAUGCAACAUUUGGAGGUCUUGGCUAAUCA